AUGAAAAAGGUUUUUCGCGCAAAUUUCUAAUUGUUGAACUAGGUUCCCGAACGUGUGUGUGAUAAGAAACGCAUGAAGAAAAAUCAACAGAGUUGUUUAUUGGUCAGCACCCGCGGGUUGCACCGUAACUUGCACCUACUGGCACCCACAGUCGCAUCUCCGUCCGAUCUGUCGUCUCUUGGAAGCAAAUGCUCGGAUGAUGGUGAUGGGCCCGCGCGUUGGACGUCAUGAAAUCACAAAAUUUGUUGGAACGCUAUGCCUUCAAGUCAUACAUGAACACCAGACCACACACCUCGUCAUAUAUUUCGUGUAGGCCGCUCUUCAAUCGAAAAACUUGUCGCUUCAAUGCAGGUCAUGGAUGGCAUUAGUCGUGGAGAAGGAAGAUGGAAGCUGUCGACAAGCCAUACAAGCUCUUAUAUGCUGUUUAAUGGGCAGUGUCUACAAAAAAAAUAAGUCGAAUAAGCACUUGCUUUGCACCAUGUUGACUGUUCAUCGCUAGAGUAGGCGAUGUAUAUCUACCGAGUCGUACUCAUACCACGGUCCCAUCUGGCGUCAUUGGCCCAUCGGAGAGCUAGGACGAUCGAUAAUCUCACUAGACUACUACAACCCUUCACUGCUUGAAAUCCAUGUUGCGGGCAUACCACGUAAUGAAGACAUACACUCAAAGUUCCAUCUCUUUCUGCGCCGAUGCCGCCUCCCACGCUUUCUCCAACUUGCCUCCAACGUUUCAACACGAUAUGUCCUACAUCAUUCAAUACGCCCCUUCUCGUAAUUGUAGAUGCGGUUAUAUAGCCAAAGGAAGGUUAAGAAUCAGACAAGUUGAACACACCAACGUCUUCCUACAAUGGAUAUGCUGGGGCUGUACACCCACUUCCACACUUAUCGAAAUGCAAAAGCAGAUUGAAAACGGUAUAAAUCCAGUGGGGAUAGACAAACUCUCUUCUACGGACAAAAAACGUGUAUACGUUGCUAUAGCUAACGGCUCGAUUCCGGAUGAAGAUGUUUUUGUUCCCACACCAGAACAGGAAACGGAAACGAAUGAGCGUGAGGAUGAGGCUGAGGAUGAGGGUAAGGUGGAACCAGUGAUAGGGAGUCCGUAUCGGUUGCGUGGGCGGUCUCGCGUCGAAUACGAGGAUGAGGAUGAGGGUAAGGUGGAACCAGUGAUAGGGAGUCCGACGUAUCGGUUACGUGGACGGUCUCGCGUCGAGUACCAGGAUGAGGACGAGGGUAAGGUGGAACCAGUGAUAGGGAGUCCGACGUAUCGGUUACGUGGACGGCCUCGCGUCGAGUGCGAGGAUAAGGACGAGGGUAAGGUGGAACCAGUGAUAGGGAGUCCGACGUAUCGGUUACGUGGGCGGUCUCGAGUCGAGUACGCGGAUGAGGAUGAGAGUAAGGUGGAACCGGUGAUAGGGAGUCCGACGUAUCGGUUACGUGGACGGUCUCGCACCGAGUACGAGGGAUUCGGAAGACUGCGAGGUGCUGAGGGUGACGAUGAUGUUGAAAAUGAAGAGCGUGAGGGGACGGAAUUAUCGACAGACGCGUCGCUGUUUGAACCCAUGGAUGCACCCUUUUCGGGUGCUAGUACGGAUGCACCUCCAAUGAAAAAACCACGACUUUUUCCUCGCGUCGGAACCCAGGUUCGACCGAAACCUCGUUCCGCAGCGCCGAUGUCCAUGGGUUCAUUUCGGGAACAGAAGACUGAAGGGGUAUCUGCUUCUCCAACUGCUCCGAUGCGACGAAGAGGCUCACAAGUACCAAGCUCAUCAAACCGCUCCAACACCCUCGAAGAAGCUGUAUCCCAAUUCACGAGUAAUAACAAUACACCUGUCACUGACACACCCAAUUCCAAUCCGACGCGCGUUGAGGUAUAUCCAAGUGCAACAAAGAACUAUGCAUUCAACGGGAGGACACAUAACGGUGAACCCACCACCCCCGGACCGCAUCCUCGACCUCAAACUCAACCUCGAAUUGGGAAGAUACCUCCAAAACUCCCUCUUCUAGAUUUCUGUCUCCGAUAUGGUCUAUCCCCCGACUUGCGAGAAAAACUAGAAGAGAUGAAGAUCCCAGGACCGCAUGUGCUUCGGCUUAUCAGCGAUCAGUCGUUUGAAGGCAAGCUGCAGGUGGGGGAGGUUGCGGAGUUGAGAGAUGCGGAAGAGAGGUGGAUGGAGGGUGUGUUGACUUCUUGUCAUGGUGGAUAUGAGCUGGAUGAUUGAUGUUAGACGAUUUCGACUGAAGGUUCUUUAUUCUUCUUCUGGGAGCCAUGUGUGUGUGUACAAGGUGUGCGAGUUCUUGUCCCGUUCUUGUCCCGUUGUUACCAUUUUCUUGAAUAGAGUUUGAUCUGCUGAUGUCUCUGAUGGCUGCUUUUUUUGUCUAAAUCGUAUUUAUCCCUGAAACACCUCAGUUUCCGGUCGUAACCAAGAUCACUUAUACCUGGUACCAUGUAGUAAUCAAAAAGCUGCUUCAAAUCAUUGAAGUACGAGGGGUAUGUGUACCUUACAUUAUUACCUAGUGUCCGUGUCAUUCAGAUACCGUGCAUGAAUCAUAAAAGCAUCAUUGUGACAGCGAGUACCACCACCACAUUCCCCCAUCCCAAUCCAAAAGUAACAUCCGUCGCCCUCGCAGAAUUCGCCCCUUUAGACCCGUCCUCAACCCACUCCUUCCACGCAGCUCUCAUCUCCAACACAAACGCCUGACCCUCGGGACUAUGCGCACCUUGCUCACCAAAUGCAUGUGGAUUCACCACUGGUGUCAACCAUCCAUCUGAAGUAAAAUGUUCUAGGCUUCCGUUAGAGCUGGAUGCAAAUAGAGCUUUCCGAGAGUUCUCAGCGGAUGGAAGGUAACGAUGGACGCCUCGCAGGAGGGAGAGGCGGUAGACGGUUGAGGCCAGAAGGGCAGUUCCAGAGCCGUCGUGGAAGGAUCCUGAGGAGCUUGCAGAAACAUCGGCGUAGUUGGUGAAUAUG